AUGGAAGCUGUGCUGGGAUUGAUGGUAAUUCUCCUGGGAGUGUCUCAUGGUGUGGAAACUCACUGUGAUGGCAGACAGGAUGGAGCUCAGUGUUAUGGAGCUUUGGGAGGAACCGUGGACAUCCAGCUGAUGGACAACACCUCAGAAAUGUCGAGAUUCCUGUUGUUAAAGAAUUCAUUAAAAAUACUAUAUGUGAGAAAUAAAAGGAUUCUCUCUAAUAACAUAGAACACAGAUCUCUUUUUUCCCCCAGUAAUGGAACAUUUAGGAUCAAUAACCUGAGCAGGACAGACAGUGGUGAUUAUACCCUUGAAACCUUUGAUUCAGAUGGAGAAUUAUCAGGCGUGUGGACUUUACAGUUGUUUAUUCAAGCUCCUGUGUCCUCUGUCCUGCUGGUCUCUCAGUGUCUGUCCCAGGGAGAGAUGAGGGUGUCCUGCUCCUCUGAGGGAGGGGACAGUCCUCAGUACAGCUGGACUCUGGAUGGACGCACACUGACAGAUGCUGAGUUCCUUUCUGUAAAUAAUGAGGAUGACAUCAUUAUUCUGAAACAGCACAUCUCAGGACAUCUGGUCUGCUCAGUCAAGAACAACGUCAAUAGUGUCUCCAAAGAACAGAAGAUAUCUGCCUGUGGUGUGAGAACUUACUGUGAUGGCAGACAGGAUGGAGCUCAGUGUUAUGGAGCUUUGGGAGGAAAUGUGGACAUCCAGCUGAUGGACAGCAGCUCUGAAAUACCUAGAUACUGGUUGUUAAAUAAUUCAUUAAACUUACUAUAUGUGAGAGAUAAUAAGGUUAUUUCUAAUACCAUAGUACAUAGAUCUAGCUUUUUUCCCAGUAAUGGAAAAUUUAGGAUCAAUAACCUGAGCAGGAACGACAGUGGUGAUUAUACCCUUCAAACCUUUGAUUCACAUGGAAGAUCUUCAGGCGAGCGGACUUUACAUUUGUUUAUUCAAGCUCCUGUGACCUCUGUCCUGAUGGUUUCUGAGUGUCUAUUCCUGGGACAGAGGAGGGUGUCCUGCUCCUCUGAGGGAGGGGACAGUCCUCAGUACAGCUGGACUCUGGAUGGACGCACACUGACAGAUGCUGAGCUCCUUUCUGGAAAUAUUAAGACUAACGCCAUCACUCUGAAACAGCACGUCUCAGGAGAUCUGGUCUGCUCAGUCAGGAACAAUGUCAGUGAUGUCUCCAAAGAACAGAGCAUAUAUACUUGUGGUAUGGGAACAUCCUGUGAUGGCAGACAGGAUGGAGCUCAGUGUUAUGGAGCUUUGGGAGGAACUGUGGACCUUCAACUGAUGGACAGCACUGCAGAAAUACCUAGAUAUGAUCUGUCAAAGAAUUCAUCAAAAAUACUAACUGUCAGAAAUAAUACGUUUUAUUCAAAUAGCAUAGAACAUAGAUAUCUCUUUUUUCCCAGUAAUGGAACAUUUAGGAUCAAUGACAUCAGCAGGAAUGACAGUGGUAAUUAUACCCUUCAAACCUUUAAUUCAGAUGGAAGAUCAUCAGGUGAGCGGACUCUACAGUUGUUUCUUCAAGCUCCUGUGUCCUCUGUCCUGCUGGUUUCUGAGUGUCUGUCCCAGGGAGAGAGGAGGGUGUCCUGCUUCUCUGAGGGAGGGGACAGUCCUCAGUACAGCUGGACUCUGGAUGGACGCACACUGACAGAUGCUGAACUCCUUUCUGUAAAUAAUCAGGAUGACAUCAUAAAUCUGAAACAGCACGUCUCAGGACAUCUGGUCUGCUCAGUCAGGAACAACGUCAGUAAUGUCUCCAAAGAAGAGAAGAUAUCUACCUGUGUGGAAACUCACUGUGAUGGCAGACAGGAUGGAGCUCAGUGUUAUGGAGCUUUGGGAGGAACCGUGGACAUCCAGCUGAUGGACAACACCUCAGAAAUAUCUAGAUACCAAGUGUUAAAUAAUUCAUUAAAAAUACUAGAUGUGAGAAAGAAUAAGGUUAUUUCUAAUACCAUAGAACAUAGAUAUAAUUUUCCCAGUAAUGGAACAUUUAGGAUCAAUAACCUGAGUAGGUCAGACAGUGGUAAGUAUACCCUUCAAACCUUUGAUUCAGAUGGAAGAUCAUCAGGCGAGCGGACUUUACAGUUGUUUAUUCAAGCUCCUGUGUCCUCUGUCCUGCUGGUCUCUCGGUGUCUGUCCCAGGGAGAGAUGAGGGUGUCCUGCUCCUCUGAGGGAGGGGACAGUCCUCAGUACAGCUGGACUCUGGAUGGACGCACACUGACAGAUGCUGAGCUUCUUUCUGUAAAUAAUGAGAGUAACAUCAUGACUCUGAAACAGCAUGUCUCAGGAACUCUGGUCUGCUCAGUCAGGAACAACGUCAGUAAUGUCUCCAAAGAAGAGAGGAUAUCUACCUGUGGGUUCAUUUUUAUUAACUGCACCACAGUCAAUGGGACAAUGAUAUCGGGAUGGGUGCAUAAAGCCAGUAACACCCUGUGUGUUGAACCACUCUUUUUUAAAAUUUAUGAAACAGGAAAUUUGCCACUAAUUGGUGUUCUCACGACGCUCAUCAUUUUCUUACUUGUGGGUAUAGCAGUCAUCUGUGCUCAGCGGAAAAAGAAAAACAGCAAACCUAAAAAACAAAAAGAGGAAGAAGAUGACCAGGAAGAAAUCUUUGCUGAUAUUAGGGUUGUGAAACGGCAGGCGAAACAACUGGAGAGAAGAGCUGAGCUAGAGUUUGGCAAAGUCAAGUAUUCAAAGCGUCCUCGGCAGACGGAACCAACAGGAAAUGCUUGUUUGUAUGGCAACGUCCAUAAAGCCAUGUAA